AACAAAUGCUUCCGUUCAGACAAACAAUACAUAUAGAUCAGUGUGCAGUCCCCUUUAAAAACUACUAGAUGAUUCAACAAGGAAGUUCCUAACAGAAAUGAAAGGAAAGUUGCUGGUGAAUUUCCGUUGCUCUCUUAACUUCUACUGUAGGUGUGCUUAGUGACUUUCAAGGGUUGCUGCUAAGGUUGAAUUGAAGAGGAAAAUGUGCCUGCUUUUAACGCACAAAUGGUCAUACAGGAACGAAAUGGACUUUAUUUGACACUCCUGUCGUCGGUUGGAUGUGAAUGAAUGUUACAAACGUGUUGAGUGCCGAAAUACACUGAUUCACUCAUGUCAUCCUCCUGUGUCAGCACAAUGACCGCAAGUACAGCAAACCACCUUUGGCUCAUUGAUGACAUUCUUGGACAGGGAGCAACAGCAAGCGUCUACAAAGCACGAAACAAGAAAACAGGUGAGCUGGUUGCUGUGAAGGUCUUUAACUUGGUGAGCUACAACAGGCCUUAUGAAGUUCAGAUGAGGGAGUUUGACGUGUUGCAGAGGCUCAAUCAUGUCAACAUUGUUAAACUCUUUGGUGUGGAGGAGAUGCAUAUGAACCCAAAGCAGAAGGUUCUGGUGAUGGAGUUCUGUUCAGGUGGCAGCCUGCUGAACCAACUGGAGGAGCCUGAGAAUGCUUUUGGCCUGUCUGAGUCUGAGUUCCUCAUCGUGUUGCAGUGUGUGGUUCAAGGAAUGAACCACUUGCGGGAGAAUGGGGUAGUCCACAGGGAUAUUAAACCUGGCAAUAUCAUGAGGCAAGUGGGUGAGGAUGGACGCUCCGUGUACAAGCUCACAGACUUUGGCGCUGCCCGGGAGUUGGAGGACGAUGAGAAGUUUGUGUCCAUAUAUGGCACAGAGGAAUACCUGCAUCCUGACAUGUACGAGCGUGCAGUGUUAAAAAAGCCUCAGCACAAAGUUUAUGGAGUGUCUGUGGAUCUUUGGAGCAUUGGUGUCACCUUCUAUCAUGCUGCCACUGGCAGCCUUCCCUUUAUACCAUAUGGAGGCCCACGCAGAAACAAGAAGACCAUGUACAAAAUCACAACAGAUAAGCCAGAGAGAGCUAUAUCAGGUGUACAGAAGGUGGAAGAUGGUGCUAUUGAAUGGAGCUACCAACUGCCACUCUGCUGCCAGCUCUCAGAGGGUUUAAAGACCCAGCUGGUACCAGUGUUGGCCAGCAUAUUGGAGGCCAAUCAAGAGAAGUGUUGGGGCUUUGUCCAGUUCUUUGCUGCUACUACUGACAUCCUGCACAGCAUCACAAUCCAUAUUUUCUCUCUCCAGCAGGCCACUGCUCACAGAAUCUACAUCCACUUUCACAACACAGUCUCAAUCUUUUUUGAGGAUGUUCAGGCCCAGACUGGUAUUGAACCCACAGUUCAACAGUACCUGUUUCAGGGUCAUCCUCUUAUAUUGGAGCCAACCAUGAAAGUUGUCAACCUUCCCCCCACCAGUUCAGACUCUCCUAUCAUUCUGAUCAGCCGACGGCCAGAGAAACUUGUAGGACUUCUGUACAGAGAGCCUGAAGCCUCUGCCAUACCCACAAGGUUUGAUGUCAUGGCAGAUUACACUUUUUCCAAGACUGUUGUCGGGGUCAUCCAUCAGUACCUGCGUAUAGCUCGCCUCCUCCAGAAGUACAGGGAACUGAUUCUGCAGGGAUUCUAUAGCUACAUUGAAAACACAGGCUUGGAGUGCAGUAACGUGGGACACAGGAUUGCCAUGGUGAAUAUGAAGUUGAUAUCUUGUAUCAGCACAGAGGAGAACCUCCACAAAUUCACACACAAGUUUGCACAUGAGUUUCCAGACUUCAUAGACAAUAAAAAGAAACUUGCAAUGAUUGAAGAGGAUUUGCAGCGGAUGUACGGCAAUGGAAUCAGAGAGUUUCAGAAUCAACUGCAGCACCUGCAUGUCAUGCUGUCUAAACACACAGAGACCCUGGCUCAGGAUAAGAGCAUCCAGAAGAUGGAGGUUCUGUUGGGAAAAAUUGUUGCGGUUCAUCAGCAGUAUUGCAAAGACAGAGUGAUGGGGAAACUCAGCUAUAAUGAUGAACAGAUUCACAAGUUUGAAAAGCUCAAUCUGGCAUCAUACAUAAAGAAGGUGAAGACUCUGUUUAAGGAUGACUGUUUGCAGAAAUAUCAGGAUGUUCUGAUGGCUUCAGGAAGUUGGAACAGAGUUCUAUACGAGUUGCAGACAAGUCUGGAACACUUCAGUGAGAUCCUGCGACAGAAGAUGGGAGAUCUGCAUUUGUGUGAGGCUCAACAGACCAAGGUUCUGGACAGAGCUGUGGCCAGAGCUGUUCAGCAGCCAAUUGGAGCUGAGAGCAUGGAUGGACCGAAAAAAAAUGAUCACAUGAUCUUCAAAAUGACCAGAUUAAAAGAUGAGAUGGAGGCAGUGGCACGGGAAUUACAGAAUAACAACAACAUCAUAGAAAGUCUUGGAGCUCUUCCCCCAACACUUUCAAUGGAGAAAACAAUACCUCAACCCAGCAAACCAUGAUGAUCUGAUAGAAGAUUAAGAAGAUCAAGAAUAUGGAAUUCAGCAAAAUAUUAUUUUUAUUCACAGGGCCAGGAUUUCUUGGCACAAGGAAAAGAGAAAGCAAAAGACUUAUGCAUUUCCCUUCACUCAGUUUACAGUUUUGGAUGAAAAUUAAAAAAUUAAACCGUUCUUAAAAUGUUAUUGCGUUAGAUGUUGAAAUAUCAAAUUUGGUGGCAAGUGUUUUUAAGAAAGAAUACACAAGCAUACUUUUCAAGCAAAACAUUUCACAAAAAGAAAUGUGUUGUUAUUUAACAUUAUAACACAGUAGAUGUACUGUUUUUGUACUGCUUUCAAAGUAUUUGGAGACUUUCUGGUUGUCAAACUUCAUGUAAAGAGUAACCUGGUACUAACUUUGGUAGUAAAAAAAAAAGUGAAAAGUGCUUAGAAGAGGUUUUAUAUUUUAUGACAUUUUUAAGGAUGGCUUAAGUGCCCAAAUACUUUUGGUGGCUACUGCAGUGUACAUUUUCUGUUAUAUUUAUGUUCUUGCUGACACUUUCUUGCCAUAAAGAAAAACGUUUUACAUCACAUUUAUGGCUAUUAGCAGGACAAGCAGAUUGCACAAGGCAAAGGAGUCUUGGCCCCAAAUGCAAAGAAAUAACCCAAAACAAUUCAAAAACGUUACCACAGAUCUAUAUUACUCCUACAGCAAUUUUGCUGAGUAAACUAGAGACCCCUUUGCUUAGAUAUUGAUGGCAGCGUGCAUUCGGCUGACAAUAAUGUUGUAAUUAUUGCACAUGGAAUAAAGAGAGAGGUAUUAAAUCUGCCCUGUGUGUAAUUGAUUCUGCUUUUUAAAGAUAACUGUACAACAGCACAAAUGUAAUUAGUCUAUUGAUCACAACAGAGUAAUCACAGUGUGAAACUCUAAAGGGUUUUUUCAUUUUUUUUGUACUUAUCAGAUUAUGCUGUGUAUAUCAGCUUUUUGUGUGUCUGUUUCUUGUUUAGUUUUUUUUUUUUUUUUUACUGUGUUGAACUGGGUUCUGGUAAACUGUGAACAAUGACUCCAAAGAUGAUUAUCAUACAAGUACUGACAGGCUUCAACAGGCUCAUCAUGUUGUUUACUAAAAUUACACGAAGUAUAAUUUAGAAAGUAAAAGAUGUGUUAGGUGGGAUCUGAUGUCAUUUUACAUGGUGACAUCAGUGAUGGGGAAUUCCUCAUGCUCAGGGGGAACUGUGGUGACCUUAUAAAGACCAUUGAGUGGUUUUAAUUUUGUGUGUGUUUGUUUUCAAAUGGAAAUUUUAUCAACUUUCCUCACUUCCAUUUUGUAAGCUGCUAUGUAUUUAAUGUUUUGUAUUUGUUAUUGCUUUCUGUUUGAGGUGGAAAGAGGUACUUCAUAGACUGCAUGUGCUAUUAAUAAAGUAUAGGAAUGCACUAUGAAACUUAAAAAAAAAAUGUCUUAAUAAAAAUUUAAAUAUUUAUCAAAUAUGUUGUUUAUAGAAUAUAAAUGUUUCAUAUUUAUACUAUACAAUACAUAAUUUUUACUAUACAAUAAAUAAUUUGUAUUAAAGUUAUAAAUAACCAAUUAGAUAAAUAUUGAUAAAUGGAAUAAUCUUUAUUUGAG